AUGGAGUGGUCACUAGAGAGCGUGAGGGAGAUGGUGGCCGGAGGGAUGCAGUCUGUAAGAGAGUGUGAGACUUGUGCUUGUGCCACUGUGGGGUGUGUCGUGCUGCUGUUCUUGUGGUAUUGCUACAGGGUUGGCCGUGAUCAUAGCUCGAGUCCGUUGCGAGGAAGGUAUCUGACUGGGCCCGGCAGGAUCGGAGGGGUGGUAGGGGGCUUCAUUGGCUCAGACUGUCGUAAUAGGGGCAAAGGGAAGUCCGGCUCCAUGUUAGAAGACCAGAACGGCUUUGCUUUUUGCCAGUCGUCAGAGUGUUUCCGCUGCACCAGUGCUGGAGAAAGUCUAAACCAGAGGCUUUAUCACAGCCUACAGGAAUACGCCAAACGCUACACCUGGUCCGGUAUGGGCAGGGUGCACAAAGGAGUUCGUGACCAAGGGCGGUACCUUAACAGCAGGCCCACCAUCCAGCGGCCUGAAGUCUUUUUCCUCCCCGACUUACCAUCAGCUCCAUUCUUCUCCAGGGAAAUUCAAAGACAUGAUGUGGAACUCCUGGAGCAGAGCUUCCCCACCCUUCUUGCUGAGUUUGAGAGCAUCUACAAUCAACCUCCAGCCCGCAGUGGAUCUCCCCUACCUCCGGGAUGGAAAGCUAACAACACACCUCGUGGCCAGUGGUGGACCUACUACCUGGUCAACCAAGGAACUCCUCUGGUACUUAACGUCAGGAGGUGUCCACGGGCAUGGAGGGUGCUGGGCCAGCUGCGUACAUUCAUCGCCAAUAACGUGUUCGGAAACGCCUGCUUCUCCGUGCUUUCGCCGGGAGCUCUAAUUACAGAACAUUAUGGGCCAACAAACGUGCGGCUGCGCUGCCACCUGGGUCUCCGGGUGCCGCCCUCCUGUGAGCUUGUCGUUGGUGGAGAGCCGCAGUGCUGGUCUGAGGGGAGCUGUCUGCUUUUUGAUGACUCUUUCCUCCACAGGGCUUUUCACGAGGGAAAUGCAGAGGAUGGUGUCAGGGUGGUCUUCAUGGUGGACCUAUGGCAUCCUAAUGUCGCCGCAGCUGAGAGGCAAGCCUUAGACUAUAUUUUCACUCCAGGCCGGCUAGAGGAGAAGGAAGGAAAAUAG